CAUUCCGCCGUCCCCAGCCGCCAUCCGUUGACCCCUCUCCGUUCCCGUUUCCAGGCGGCCGGAGCAGCAGGAUGCCGUUCUCCUGACGCCGCUCCCGUCCCGGCAGGAUGUCGGGCCGCCGCGGCCGCGCCGAGCAGUGGCCGGCGCUGGAGUCGGUGGGGCUGAGCCGCAAGGAGCUGGCGCUGGCCGAGGCGCUGCAGAUGGAGUACGACGCCUUAUCCCGGCUCCGCCAGGACAAGGAGGAGAGCCGGGCCAGGAAGGAGCGGCUCCAGGAGCGUUCCCUCAUCUCCUGGGAUGACCCCGUGGACAGGAACGGCAUCAAAGCGGCGCGGGGGCUCUCCGGCUCCGACCCCGCGCUCGGCUACGCCGUCCCCAACGUCCCCGAGGGUCCCCGAGCGCCGCCCGCGCCCGGCCCGGCCCCGCCGGAGCCGCAGCCCUGGAAGGGCUCCCUGGGCGGGGAUUACCUGCUCAUCUUCGAGGGCUCCCAGCGGGAAUUCCUCGGGGAGCCCCUCAACGGCUCCGAGCCCCGCGACGGCGGCGGUUCCCCCAAAAAGCUCUCGCCGCCCCCGCUGCCGCCGCGGCACCCGCUGUGGGGCUGUCCCGAGGGCGGCCAGCUCUCGGGGAAGGCGUCCCCGCUGUCCCCCAAGGGCCAGCCCAGGGACGUCAACAUGUUCUCGGUGGCUCAGGACAAGCUUUUGGGGCGCCGCAUCUCCCAGGAGGAUCCCUACGGCGUGGAUGCCAUCACCUGCCUCAACCUCAAGUCCACCUACGAAUCCGAGGCGCUGCCGGGCUCCCGGGGCUGGAAGGAAGGCAAGAACAUCCUGGAGAAGGAAUCCAGCGGGAAGCCGGUGGCACGGAGCAAGACCAUGCCCCCCCAGGUGCCCCCGCGCACCUACGGGGCCCGCGCGGGCGGCAGGAAGAACCUGGCGGCCAACAGGAACCGCAGGAUCUCUGUGGAGCCGGUGACUCCCCGGCCCCACUCCUUGGCCAACGGCUACGAGCUCUUCGAGGUGUCCGAGGAGCGGGACGAGGAGGUGGCCGCCUUCUGUCACAUGCUGGAUGUGCUGCGCUCCAGCUCCGGCUCCGGGGACCGCUCCGGCUCGGGCCUGGUGUGGAGCGCGGUGAGCGCGAGCCCGGGGCAGCCGGGCCACGGCGCCGGGCUGAAGGUGACGGUGCUGUGCGACGGCCUGAGGGAGCCGCUGACCUUCACCUGCGACUGCUCCUCCACCGUGGACCUGCUCAUCUACCAGGCCCUGUGCUACACCCACGACGAGCUCCACGCCGUGGACGUCGAGGAUUUCCUGCUCAAGAUCUGCGGCCUGGAGGAAUUCCUGCAGAACAAACACGAGCUGGGCAGCCACGAGCACAUCCAGCACUGCAGGAAAUUCGACAUCGACAUCCGGCUGCAGCUGCUCAGGAGGAGCAGCGUGCGCAGUGACCUGGCCCGCACGGCCAGCGAUGAGCAGAGCCCGUCCACCCUCAACCACCACAUCCACCUGCAGGAGCGACCCAUCAAACAGACCAUCAGCAGGCAGGCCCUGACUCUCCUCUUCGACACCUUCCACAACGAGGUGGACGCGUUCCUGGCGGCUGAGAUCGUGGAGAGCCUCACGGCCGCCAUCCUCAACCUGGUGGAGCUGUACUGCAGCACCUUCAACGCCGAUUUCCAGACGGCCGCGCCCGGGAGCCGCGAGCUGGGCGCGGCGCAGGAGGCGCGGCUGCUCACCUGCCCGCUGGCCUUCACCGUCUACGCCACCCACCGCAUCCCCAUCACCUGGGCCGCCAGUUAUGAAGAUUUCUACCUCUCGUGCUCCCUCAGCCACGGCGGGAAGGAGCUGUGCAGCCCCCUGCUCACCAGGAAGGCCCACGUCUACAAAUACCUCUUCCACCUCAUCAUUUGGGACCAGCAGAUUUGCUUCCCGGUGCAGGUGAACCGGCUGCCUCGGGAGACCCUGCUCAGUGUCACCCUGUUCGCCGUGCCCGUGCCACCCCCGGGUGGCUCCUCCGACGCCAGCAAGCAGCGGCGGGUCCCCGAGGCGCUGGGCUGGGUCACCACCCCCCUCUUCAACUUCAGGCAGGUCCUGACCUGCGGGCGGAAGCUGCUGGGCUUGUGGCCGGCCACUCAGGACAACUCCAGGGCCAGGUCGAGCGCCCCGAACUUCAACCAGCCCGACAGCGUCAUCCUGCAGAUCGACUUCCCCAGCUCGGCCUUCGAGGUGAAGUUCACCAGCCCGCCCGCGGCCGAGGGCAGCCCCCGCUACGAGUUCGGCAGCCUGGGGGAGGAGGAGCAGCGCCAGCUGCGGGAGGCCAUGCAGAAAAAAUCACUUUAUUGGCUGACGGACGCGGACCGGCAGCGGCUGUGGGAGAAGCGCUGCCACUGCCACGCGUCCCCCGGCGCCCUGCCCAUGCUGCUGGCCAGUGCCCCCAGCUGGGACUGGGGCUGCCUGCCCGACAUCUACGCCCUGCUCAGCCAGUGGAGCUCCAUGAGCCACCAGGACGCCCUGGGGCUGCUGCACGCCACGUUCCCUGACCAGGAGGUGAGGAGGACGGCCGUGCAGUGGAUCGACUCCAUCUCGGACACGGAGCUGCUGGAUUACCUGCCCCAGCUGGUCCAGGCCCUCAAGUACGAGUGCUACCUGGACAGCCCCCUGGUGCGCUUCCUCAUGAAGAGGGCCAUUUGUGACCUGAAGAUCACCCACUACUUCUUCUGGCUGCUGAAGGAUGGCCUCAAGGACUCGCAGUUCAGCAUCCGGUACCAGUACCUGCUGGCAGCGCUGCUGUGCUGCUGCGGGAAGGGGCUGCGCGAGGAGUUCGACCGGCAGUGCCUGCUGGUCAGCACACUGGCCAGGCUGGCACAGCAGGUCCGGGACGCCGCCCCAUCCGCCCGCCAGGCCAUCCUGCGCGAGGGGCUGGAGGACGUGGCGCAGUUCUUCAAGGCGCACGGCUCGUGCCGGCUGCCGCUCAGCCCCAGCCUGCUGGUCAAGGGCAUCGUGCCGCGGGACUGCUCCUACUUCAACUCCAACGCCGUCCCGCUGAAGCUCUCCUUCCAGAACGUGGAUCCGCUCGGGGAGAACAUCCGCGUCAUCUUCAAGUGUGGCGAUGACCUGCGGCAGGACAUGCUGACGCUGCAGAUGAUCCGCAUCAUGAACAAGAUCUGGGUGCAGGAGGGGCUGGACAUGCGCAUGGUCAUCUUCCGCUGCUUCUCCACCGGCCGCGGGCGAGGCAUGGUGGAGAUGAUCCCCAACGCCGAGACCCUGCGGAAAAUCCAGGUGGAGCACGGCGUGACCGGCUCCUUCAAGGACCGGCCGCUGGCGGACUGGCUGCAGAAACACAACCCCGAGGAGGACGAGUACGAGAAGGCCGUGGAAAACUUCAUCUACUCCUGCGCCGGCUGCUGCGUGGCCACCUACGUGCUGGGCAUCUGCGACAGGCACAACGACAACAUCAUGCUCAAGACCACGGGCCACAUGUUCCACAUCGAUUUCGGCAGGUUCCUGGGCCACGCCCAGAUGUUCGGCAACAUCAAGAGGGACCGGGCGCCGUUCGUCUUCACCUCGGACAUGGCGUACGUCAUCAACGGCGGGGACAAGCCCUCCAGCCGCUUCCACGACUUCGUGGACCUGUGCUGCCAGGCCUACAACCUGAUCCGCAAGCACACCCACCUCUUCCUCAACCUGCUGGGGCUGAUGCUCUCCUGUGGCAUCCCCGAGCUCUCCGACCUGGAGGACCUCAAGUACGUCUACGACGCGCUGAGGCCGCAGGACUCCGAUGCCGACGCCACCACCUACUUCACCAGGUUGAUCGAGUCCAGCCUGGGCAGCGUGGCCACCAAGCUCAACUUCUUCAUCCACAACCUGGCGCAGAUGAAGUUCACGGGCUCGGACGCUCGGCCCACGCUGUCCUUCGCGCCCCGCACGCACACUCUCAAAACGUCCGGCCGGAUCCGCGACGUCUUCCUCUGCCGCCACGAGAGGGUCUUCAACCCCAGCAAGGGCUACACCUACGUGGUGAAGGUGCAGAGGGACAACCCGGGCGAGGUCACCUUCGUGCAGCGCACCUUCGAGGAGUUCCAGGAGCUGCACAACAAACUGCGCCUCCUCUUCCCCUCCUCGCUGCUGCCCAGCUUCCCCAGCAGGUUCGUCAUCGGGCGCUCGCGGGGCGAGGCGGUGGCCGAGCGGCGCAAGGAGGAGCUCAACGGCUACAUCUGGCACCUGAUCCACGCCGCCCCCGAGGUGGCAGAGUGUGACCUCAUCUACACCUUCUUCCACCCCCUGCCCCGGGAUGAAAAGGCAGCUGGAAACAACCCGACCCCAAAGCCGGCAGACGCCACGUGGGCUCGAUCCCUGGGCAAGGUCGGCGGGGAGGUGAAGCUCUCCAUCUCCUACAAGAACAACAAGCUCUUCAUCAUGGUGAUGCACAUCCGAGGGCUGCCACCCCUGCAGGACGGCAACGACCCCGACCCCUACGUCAAAACCUACCUGCUGCCCGACCCCCAAAAAACCACCAAGAGAAAAACCAAAGUGGCCCGAAAAACCUGCAACCCCACCUACAACGAGAUGCUGGUGUACGACGGGAUCCCCCGGGGGGACCUGGAGCAGCGGGAGCUGCGGCUGAGCGUGCUGAGCGAGGAAGGAUUUUGGGAGAAUAUCCUGCUGGGGGAGGUGGGAAUUCGCCUCCGCGACCUGGACCUGGCCCAGGAGAAGAUGGGCUGGUUCGCCCUGGGCUCCCGCGGCCACGGCACCCUCUGAGCCCCCGCGGGGACCCCCGGGUGUGUCCCCAAAAGGGCGCUGCCCUGGUGGCUUCUUUUUUAAAGUUUACCUUGUGUCAAGGGAGCAACGCGGGGAGGGCGGGGCGCGGGGCGGUUCGGGGGUGAUUUCUUCCUUUGGGAUAUCCUUAUUUUAAAUUUUUUUUAAUAACGAGUAGCGUGAGCACCGGGGCACCAAGGAACUGGGCAAUUCCCACCCCGGGGUUUCGCUCCCAAAGGAGAGCGGCGUGGCGAGUUGUCCAUUCCGUGUGGCUGCCGGCCACCCUUGCUGUCCCCGUGUCCUGGGGACAUCUGUGUCCUUCUUGCCUGCCCCCGGGUGCGGGCUUGGUGCCUGUGGUGCUUUGUUUACAGCGACAGCUCCGUAAACGGACGAAAUGUUUCUCAGGAUCGAGAAUAAUUAACUUUAACCUUUAUAUUAAAAGUUUUAAAUAUUGGC